UCUGAAGAAGAUAUAGUAAGCUUUGGCUCGGAGGUAUAUACAGCGUUUGUUUUGAAGGAAUAAAUGCAAAUUCGAUUCCAUUAAUAGAGUCAACAUUAUCCGUAUUCAUUUGAAAUUAUUGAGUAGCGAGGAAUCAUGGGAAAAGCACAAAACCACUGACAGCCUCACGUUUAUCGAUAAGCUCAAUUACAAUGGCCGCACCGACGGACACAGAAUUAAGGAAGGCUCAGCAAAAAGUCACAGAUUUUGUAUCAAAAUUGAAGACAUUGGGUGGCCCCGUUAAAAGUACGAGCGUUGCAAGCACUCGAAAGUGGUUGAAGCAUGUGCAUAUUGGCAUUCCUCCGUUGGACAAGGCGCUCAGGAGCCUUCGUGUUGAAAAAACGCAGAGAUAUUUAACAUUCAAUGGGGCGCCGAGUGGUACGUUAUAUAAGAUGUUCCGCGCGGCCGAUCUCACCGGAAUCAUGAAAUUGUCAAAGUUGAAAAUUCCGAUUCAAGCGAGCGACAAAUCAAUGUUUGAUGAACUCACAGCUACAAAUCCGGAAAAGUUGAAGCGGGAAAUGCAUGAAAUCGUAACAGAAGCCAGGCGCAAACAUCCCGGCCUGAACCCAAAGACUGUUGCAUUAAGAAAAAUGCCCAGAGAAACGAAGAGCGCGCUCAAGAGUUUUGGGAUGAUGGAUGACCCUUUCGAAAAAUGGCCUGCCUGGGAAGUUUCAAAACAGGGAUGCUGGAUGUACACUACUAAGGGUGCAAGAGCAUGGUGCAAAGUGAGAGAAUAUUCGUGUAAAGAAGAAGGAUUUUCAGCUUCUCUCCCUGUGAAUUAUAAGUCCGAAAGAGAAUUUUGCACUAAGCCAGUGAAUCAUUAUAACGUAACACUUGUGAUCAUGGCUAUUGUCAAUAACAACAACAACGCGGAUCCUAUAAAAAUGAAGUUGGCUCGGGCAGUUAACAUUCAAACUCGGUAUCUUAGCGAUAAAUUGAAGCAAAUGAUCGACACUCAAUUCGCAGUUCUAGAAGAUUUUGUUAAAGAGCUUCAUAGAAGGAACGAGCUGCCAGUUUUUCAUAUAUGCGGUGAGAAACACUACGCAAUUAAAGAAGACCCGGACGCAGCUUGCCGUAUGUGUGAUUCAAAAGCCUCUCCGAAAAGUCCUCAAUAUUCUGAUGUAUCUCAAUGGCCUAGAGAUAUAGCAUUUACAUGUAUCACAGGCAAUCGUGAAUGGGACGCUCUUAAUGUUACUAGGGAUGGACUAGGGGGGUCAGAAAUGGACGCGACCAGAGAUAGAAUGUGUAUUGGCUUAUCUGGGAAUCAAAAAGCGAUUUCCAGUGGGAUAUAUGCCAUAAGUACUUCGACUUUAUGUGGAAAAAUUGGGGUAUUUAUAGGGGCUGGUUGCGGAGCAUCUGCGCUAGGCAAAGCAAGUUUAGAAAAAAGAGCCAGAGGACAAGGGAGUUGUGGGCAAAGUAGUGGACGAGUGAGUAGUAAAUAAGGUAAAAGAGGUGGUCCGGAAGGAUCAGAUGAGCGAAGGAAUAAGGGGUCAGGUAACAACACCAAUCGGAAAUAGUAGCAAAAUAUCAAUUUCAUUGUCGCAAUAAUUGUAGGACUGGUUCUUGAGACUUUUUUGAGCAUUGAAUUUGUACCAAAACGCAGAAAUGAUCAACCGAAGGUUAACUAACGUAAAGCACUAUGUUUAAGAGUAAAACAAAAACAUUUACAACUGAGAGAAAACCCAAGGAAAAGUAUGGUAUGUGAAGGUUAGAAAAAUCAUACUUAAUUGGCGUCAUAUGCAUUUACACAGCACGCCGAUGAUAUGCUGACGUUGAAAACAUCAGUGAGGAGAGAUCAUUGAAUCUUCCGACAAUGUUCCUCCAAUUGCCAUUGAUUGUCUGUAAUUCCGUGCACACUAGAAACAGCUGAAUUCAACAGCUAUUGUACUCGAAUCAGUAAUCUCAACUCGUGCAUGGCUUUAACAUUGUUAUUUUU